ACGGAGCAGCACGGCUGGCUCCCGGAGUCGGUCAGAGGAAGGUUAGAUUGAGGAAGAAGGAUCCAAUUGCAGCCAUGCUGAAUCACGGACUCUGAGUCCGCCCGGCCCCGGCUCCGAGCUCCAGCCCACCCGGCUCCAGCUCCGAUCUCCAGCCUAGCCGGGCCCCGGCUCCGUGCUCCAUCUCAAGCCCGGCCCCGCUCCUUCCCGCUGGCUGCCUGCGGAUUGCCGAGGGGCCGGGCCAGGGGGGCUGGGAGGCCGGGACGCCCGGGUCCAUGCGGAGUUCAAUCUCCGCACCGGCUGCUCACAAUGGAGGGUGAAAGCAACAAGCUGACGUCUCAGUCCCCGGUGGGAGCGGAGCAUGAAGGGAAGGAGCAGCGGACGGUUACGGUCAAUGCGGCACAUAUGGGGAAGGCUUUCCGGGUUAUGAAUGAACUGAGGAGUAAGCAGAUGCUGUGUGAUGUGAUGAUUGUCGCUGAAGAUGUGGAGAUCGAAGCUCAUCGUGUGGUCCUGGCAGCCUGCAGCCCGUAUUUCUGCGCCAUGUUUACAGGUGACAUGACAGAAAGCAAGGCCAGGAAGGUUGAGAUCAAGGAUGUGGAUGGGCACACGCUGAGCAAGCUGAUCGACUACAUCUACACAGCUGAGAUUGAAGUGACGGAAGAGAACGUCCAGGUCCUGCUGCCAGCCGCCAGCUUACUUCAGCUGAUGGAUGUCCGGCAGAACUGCUGUGAUUUCCUACAGGCUCAGCUGCAUCCCACCAACUGCCUGGGCAUCCGGGCAUUUGCCGACGUGCACACCUGCACCGAGCUACUCCAGCAGGCCGAUGCCUACGCAGAGCAGCACUUUCCGGAGGUGAUGCUGGGAGAAGAGUUUCUCAGCCUCAGCCUGGAUCAGGUGUGCAGCCUAAUAUCCAGCGACAAGCUGACCGUCUCUUCAGAAGAAAAGGUGUUCGAGGCUGUGAUCUCUUGGAUCAACUAUGAGAAGGAGACCCGCCUCGAUCACAUGGCCAAGCUGAUGGAACAUGUGCGCCUCCCCCUCCUGCCACGGGACUACCUCGUCCAGACCGUGGAGGAAGAAGCUCUGAUCAAGAACAACAACACAUGCAAGGACUUCCUCAUUGAGGCCAUGAAGUACCACCUACUGCCUCUGGACCAAAGGCAACUGAUCAAGAACCCCAGAACCAAGCCCCGCACACCCGUCAGCAUGCCCAAAGUGAUGAUCGUGGUGGGUGGGCAGGCACCCAAGGCCAUCCGCAGUGUGGAGUGCUACGACUUCGAGCAGGACCGCUGGGACCAGAUCGCCGAGCUCCCCUCGAGAAGGUGCCGGGCGGGCGUAGUGUUCAUGGCCGGCAGCGUGUAUGCUGUGGGUGGCUUCAACGGCUCCCUGCGGGUGCGGACAGUGGAUGUGUACGAUGGGGCGAAGGACCAGUGGACGUCGAUCGCCAGCAUGCAGGAGCGGAGGAGCACGCUUGGGGCCGCGGUGUUGAAUGAUCUCCUGUAUGCUGUGGGCGGUUUCGACGGUAGCACCGGUUUGGCGUCGGUGGAGGCCUACAGCUACAAGACGAAUGAGUGGUUCUUCGUGGCCCCGAUGAACACGCGCCGCAGCAGCGUCGGGGUGGGAGUGGUGGAAGGGAAGCUGUACGCGGUUGGGGGCUACGACGGGGCAUCCCGCCAAUGCCUGAGCACAGUAGAGCAGUACAGUCCCGCCACCAACGAGUGGACCUAUGUGGCUGACAUGAGCACCCGGCGCAGCGGUGCAGGCGUGGGCGUGCUCAGCGGCCAGCUGUAUGCCACGGGGGGCCACGACGGGCCGCUGGUCAGGAAGAGCGUGGAGGUCUACGACCCCGGGACCAACACCUGGAAGCAGGUUGCGGACAUGAACAUGUGCAGGAGGAAUGCAGGAGUGUGUGCCGUGAAUGGACUCCUGUACGUGGUGGGAGGAGAUGAUGGGUCAUGCAACCUGGCAUCUGUAGAAUACUACAAUCCCGUCAUUGAUAAGUGGACGUUAUUGCCAACCAAUAUGAGCACAGGAAGGAGCUAUGCAGGCGUUGCUGUGAUUCAUAAGCCAUUGUGACACACAUCCAGCCUCAAGCAGGCGGAAGGUAUAGGAAGUGAAUGAAUGCUGCCACUGCUGCUGCUGCCGGGAGCACAGAGAAGUGUGACUGUCACCUGACUUUAUCCAACUCUCGGGGACCUCAUCCAGCACACGGCCAGUAAAAUCACAAGAAUGUCCCCGCCGCUCUGGUUCGGCAGUGAGUAGUGAAACCACGUGAAAACCCUAUGAUGAACCUUCUACGUUUCUGCUCUGCUUCGGCCUCUGGGCUGUCCUAAACAGCCUUCUGAGAGUGGCUGCUGGCCCACGCCAGGGUGCCGAAGCCAGAGAACUGACCGGCUCAGGUCGGACAUGAUACCUUUUGUAGGGAUCGGUGGGGCCAGAGCCCCCUAGCCUCAAUUCUGCUGAUCCUCCGAUCCUGCCCUCUCCCCAUGCCCCCCUCGCCCCCCAAGGCCAGAGCAAGGGCUAUCCAGCCCAAUAAGGUGGUCCUGUUACUACGGGACCAGGAGCUUUGUACUGCAUAGGUGGUGAGUUUGGAAGGCUGCUGGCCUUAGAGUGCAGCCUUAUGGGACAGCAGUUGGGGUGGUAUUGAGUCCAUUAGUAUCCUCUUAGAGACCACGUGCAUGUAUCAGUUCUUGGCAAUUGUAAACUUUUUGUGGUGAUCAGCUGGGGAGCGAUUGAAGAUGGGCCCUGCCAUUCUCAUGCCAGGAAGCACGGUUGUACUCAUAAGCCACGGGCCAGCAAUGCAUCAAAUUUCACGGGGCAGUCCUCGGGACAGUCAGUGGAGUCGACAUUAGGCAGUCCGCACGGCAGGUCAUGGAGCAGGCAUGAAGCCAUCCUCGGGUAGUCCACGGAGCAGUCCUCCAAGCCAUCCUUGGAUAGUCCAUGUAGUAGCCCAUAGAGCAGGUCAUGGAUCCGUCCUCAGGCAGAACACAGUGUGGUCCACGGAGCGGGACAUGAACACAGAGUGGUCCAUGGAGCUGGACAUGAACACAGAGUGGUCUAUGGAGUAGAACACGGAGCAGUUUCCCAAACCAUCCUUGGGCAGUUUACGGAGUAACCCCGUAGGGUUAUGAAGCAGUCGUCAGGCAGAACACAGAGUGGUCAAGACAUGGAGCAAUUCCCCACGCUUGGGCAGUCCAAGGAGUAACCCACGAAGCAGUCCCCUAAUCCCUCCUCGGGCAGUUCUCAAGCAGUUCACGGAGCAGCCCACAGAGCAGAUCAUGGAGCCAUCUUCAGGCAGAAAAUAGAGUGGUACAUGGAGCAGAUCACAGAGCAGUUCCUUGAGCUACCCUUAGGCUCAAGUAUGGAGUAUCCUGCAGAGCAGGUCAUGGAGUCACCCAAAAACAGUACACAGAGUGUUCCAUGGAGCCAUCCACAAAGCAGAUCAGAGUGGUCCAUGGAGCCAUCCACAAAGCAGAUCAGAGUGGUUCAUGGAGCCAUCCACAUGCAGAGUGGUCUGCAGAGCAGAUCACAGAGAGUCUUCAGGCAUUCCACGGAGCAGACCAGAGAGCUGGUCAUGGAGUCAUCCUUGGGCAGUCCACGGAACAAGUUAGACAUAACAGGCCGUGGAGUCAUUCUUGGGAGUCCACGGAAUAAGUCAUAGAGCAGGUGACAGAGCCAUCCUCAGUCCACGGUGUGGUCCACAGAGCAGCCCUCCUCAGGCAGUCCAUGGAGCAAUCAACAGAACAGAUCGUCUGUGGAUCCCUGGCUUGUGGCCUUGAGAAGCAGGAGAAACAGAGAAUGGGCUGCCUUGAAGUCUUGGAGAUGCUAAUUUCUCAAGCGGGGAGAGCCCCAGCCCACCUGGUGGAGUCUUUUUCAUGGAUGUGUGGAGAGGAGGAGGAAGAAGAGGAGGAGGAAGGUUCUUCCCCCCUGCCCCCACAGGAAGCCGGCCCAUGGUUCCACCCAGAGCACAGGCCCAGCAUGCCACUGGCUCAGCUGUGGCACAUUCCAUUCCACCCUCUGGAUGUCCAGAGGGAUCCCCAGGCAGGCAGCAGGCACAGUGAUGGGGGGGGAUGGGGGGAAUACCAACAGGGCAAUGGCAGUCAGACACACAAAUCCAUCGUCCAAGCGUGGUCGGACUGACGGAUACCAAAACAGAUGGGCUGCCCUGGUUCGGGUCUCGUGUACACUAGACACAGGGGAGGGGUCCUGGGCCGGCCUUUUUGGUCCCAGCUUUCCUCCUGAGUGGCAGCCUCAGAGCCAGGGGAGCAUGGUGUGUAUUUGAGGGGGCAGGGAGGCCCAGGAUGAGCCCUGUCCCAAGCCACUGGGAAGGAAUGGAAUAGAGUGGAAGUGGAGGCUUCCAGCCUUGGUUUUCAUCUCUGGGGACCAAGGGGUUGAGCUCUGUGAGUGGUGCCGGUGACCCGUGGUCACCAGCUGAGAGAAUGUAGUCAGCAGCUUUGUGGCAGUGGGGGCUGGCUCUCGGAUCUGGCCUUGAAGCCCAGGGGAAGGAAGGACCCCCAGAACCAAAUACCACAUUGGGGCGAGCCACAGAGACUGUCUCCAUCUCUGGAGGCCAGAUGGGCUGUUAGCCCUUCUGAUCAUUCCAGGACACACACAGGAACUAUGCCUACUGCCUAGCUUCCAAACACGUAGCACCGCUAGGGCGGGGUUGGCUGAGCCAAUGUGGGGGAGCCUCAGCCCCUCCACAGAUGUCUGCAUGCCCAUUGGCCUCCCUGCCCUCACGCCCAUGGUGUCGGCCCUGCUGCCUUGAGAAGCGCCUUCCUGCAUUGUGCUUGCCGGUGUUCCCUCCAGCCACAAAGCCAGUGACUGCGUUGCCUCAGGGAUGGACUGAACCUCUUUGAUGGGAUCUAGCAGCUUGGGCUAGAGGGGUUCCUCUGAAGGGAAGAGCAGGGGUUGCGACAACGCUGAUUCCACCAGAGCCAUGCCGGCCCCGGGGCCGGCUGCGGAGGCUCCCCUCCCACCAGCAGGAGAAGGGGCUGGUAGGGAAGAGGAAAUAGAAAGGAAGAGGGAGGAGGGAGGAAAGGGGCAGGGAGAGGAG